AUGCGUCUAUUACUUUCGCUUGUACUUUUUAUUUUCUUGAGCUAUGACUCUCUAGCUGCGCCAACAGCUCUUCGACCUCAACGGAGAACCCGGUCUUUCCGUGUUGAGCGAGCUAAGCGCAGCGAAUAUAUUCCCAACGGACCCAAUGCUCUAGCCAAGGCGUACCGCAAGUUCGGCCUCGCCCCGACCACCUUCAUCGACGUUGAUCUGAAUGAUUUUGAGGCCUACAAGGUUGCCAAAAGCGCCGUUUCAACCAGCACGGAUUCAAGCGACGAUGAUCAGACGGGAGAAGUCGCUGCGAAGUCUGUCAACAGCGACGUGGAGUUCAUCUCGACCGUCACCAUUGGAGGUCAAGAUAUCCCAAUGGACUUCGAUACCGGCUCCGCAGACAUGUACGUUUACGUCUAUUCCCGCCAUCGUCCUAUCUUCAGCCUCAAGAUCAAUAGAAAGCUAACAUGUUCACGCAGGUGGGUUUUGAACUCGAACAUGGACUCAUCAUACACCACGGGCCAUACUGUCUAUAACCCCAGCAGUUCCACCACCUACAAAGCAGUCACGGACAGCUCUUUCGAAAUCUCAUACGGCGACAAUUCCUGGGCCAAGGGAACAGUCUGUAGAGAUACCGUCUCCAUCGGCGGUGCAUCAAUCACGAACCAAGCAAUCGGUCUUCCUUCGACCGUCUCAACCUCAUUCGUCUCCGACACGAACUCAAAUGGCCUGCUCGGUCUGGGCUUCUCAUCCAUGAACACAUUCAAGCCAGGCCCCCAGAAGACCUUCUUCGACAACAUCGCCUCGGACCUCGAAGAACCCGUCUUCACAUCCCUAUUACGCAGCGACGGUGUCGGCGAGUACGAGUUCGGAAAAAUUGAUUCCAGCAAAUAUACCGGCUCCCUAGUGAAUGUCAGCGUCGACUCAUCGAAUGGAUACUGGCAGUUCGACUCGGCAUUCUUCGCUGUGGGAGAUGGGUCUUUGCAGACCCUUACCGGUAGUGUGAAGACUGCUAUCGCUGAUACCGGUACUUCUUUGAUGCUUGUUCCCACCCAGAUGCUGGAGGCCUACUAUGGUAGUGUCGCUAAUGCCCAACUUUCGUCGAGCGUUGGUGGCUACGUCUACCCCUGCAAGGAGGAUCUGCCUAACUUGACUGUUGCACUGGGUGAUAAGUAUCAGGCGACUAUUCCUGGAUCGUUGAUUAAUUUCGAGGAGAUUGGGACGAAUACUACGACUGGUGAAAAGGUCUGCUAUGGUGGCGUACAGUCGAGUUCAGGCUCUAGCAUGAUGAUCUUUGGUGAUGUAUUCCUAAAGGCAUUGUUUGUGGUCUUUGAUCAGCGGGGCCCUUCGCUUGCAUUCGCUUCUCCGGCGUGA